AUGUCUCUUCGUAAAAAAAUACCUUUUGAUCCUCCACUAGAUGACGUGACCAAUACUACUGGUCGAGACUCGAAAAAAUAUCGGACGGAGUCUAGUAGCGGCGAGACUUGGACUUGGGAUUAUCAAAGCAAAUACACUAAUUGGCGGAACUGGAUUCCGCGUAGAGAAAUUAUGUUCACUUUGGAGGAGUUAUCGAAAUAUGAUGGUUCCGAUCCUGAUCUUCCGAUCUAUCUUGCCAUAAACGGUGAAGUAUUUGAUGUGACUCAAGGAAGAGAUUAUUACGGAAAGGGAGGUUCAUACGGAUUUUUCUCGGGACGAGACGCGUCGCGAGCGUAUAUCACUGGAUGCUUUAGUUCACCGUCACAUUUGUCUCAUGAUUUACGUGGGUUGACACCAGAUCAAUUAAAGAGUUUAGAAGGUUGGGCUUCGUUCUAUCGCGAUCACCAUACCUACUUUAAAGUGGGAAGAGUAGCACUUCCACCAAUUGACCCCAAUUCGCCGAUUCCACCGCCUUGUAAUGAUCCUACGGAACAAAAAUCUUCAUGA